GCGGCCACACCGCUCCUCCGCGGCAUCCGGCAUCCCGCGCAACGCACCGGGAACCCGUCCCCCUCGGCCCUCGCCACGGUCCAGGGAACGGCCGCUCGCCACCGCCACUCCAGUCUCCAGAAGCUUGCUCGAGGGGUGGGAGGAAAAAAUAUCUCCCCUCCCGCACGCCGCGGGGAGCUUCGCGUGCGCCGCUUGCUCACCGCCCGCUCCGCUCGCGCCGCGCCGGAGACGCUCUCCCAUCUCUCCUUCUGCAGCCAUGCUCCUCCACCUGCUGCCGCUCUCCUGCGCCCGCCCCCGCCCAGCGGCGGCGACGGCCCGCUCCAGCCGCCGGCCUGUCUCCCCCUCCUGCGCCGGUGGCGACCCGCGGGGUCGGGCCCGGAGGCGGGCGGUGCGGAGGACGGGCGUGCAGCCGGAGACGCCACAGCGGGGCGGCGGCGACGACGGCCACGACCCUCACGGCGCGGUGAGCGGCGGGGCGGCGCUGCUGGAGACGGUGCAGAGGCUGCUGCUCGCCAAGGAGGAGGCGGACGCGGAAGGAGGAGAGGAGGAGGAGGAUGAGCAGGGGCAGUUCCCCAAGCGCUGGGCCAUCGUCUUCCUCUGCUUCUCCGCAUUCCUCAUCUGCAACAUGGACCGGGUGAACAUGAGCAUUGCUAUUCUGCCUAUGUCCGCAGAGUUUGGUUGGAACCCUCAAACUGUCGGUCUCAUCCAGUCGUCUUUCUUCUGGGGCUACCUCCUAACUCAGAUAGCUGGAGGAAUAUGGGCAGAUACUGUUGGAGGAAAGACUGUCCUUGGUUUCGGUGUGGUUUGGUGGUCCAUAGCCACGGUUCUUACUCCCAUCGCGGCAAAGCUUGGCUUGCCAUUUCUUCUUGUUGUGCGGGCUUUCAUGGGAAUUGGUGAGGGGGUUGCGAUGCCUGCAAUGAAUAACAUUCUUUCCAAAUGGGUUCCUGUAUCAGAGAGGAGCAGAUCAUUGUCUCUUGUGUAUAGUGGAAUGUACCUUGGGUCAGUGACAGGACUUGCAUUUUCUCCCUUACUGAUACAUAAAUUUGGUUGGCCAUCAGUCUUCUAUUCAUUCGGGUCUCUAGGGGCUGUCUGGUUCACAACAUGGGCAACCAAGGCAUAUAGUUCCCCACUUGAAGAUCCUGGAAUCAGUGCGGCAGAAAAGAAACUCAUUACUAGUCAAAGCACAGCAGGCGAGCCUGUCAAAACAAUUCCGUGGAAACUAAUAUUAUCAAAACCACCUGUUUGGGCGCUUAUAGUUUCUCACUUCUGCCAUAACUGGGGGACUUUUAUUUUGCUCACAUGGAUGCCGACAUACUACAACCAGGUUCUGAAAUUCAACCUCAUGGAAUCCGGCCUUGUCUGUGUUCUUCCCUGGUUCACGAUGGCAGUUUCUGCAAAUGUUGGUGGUUGGAUCGCAGAUACACUUGUCAGUAGAGGGGUAUCUGUGACAAGGGUUCGGAAGAUCAUGCAAUCGAUUGGAUUCUUGGGGCCAGCAUUUUUUCUAACUCAACUAAGCCAUGUCAACUCGCCUGCCAUGGCGGUGUUAUGCAUGGCUUGUAGCCAGGGAACUGAUGCAUUCUCGCAGUCUGGUCUAUACUCAAACCACCAAGACAUCGGCCCACGAUACGCAGGUGUACUACUUGGUCUUUCCAACACAGCUGGGGUUUUAGCUGGUGUAUUUGGCACAGCAGCAACAGGAUACAUCUUGCAGCAUGGUUCUUGGGAUAAUGUCUUCGAGGUAUCGGUAGUGCUCUAUCUGGUUGGGACUUUGGUAUGGAAUGUGUUCUCAACCGGUGAAAAAAUUCUUGAUUGAAGAGUGUACAUAGCAUGCUCACAGUUCUAAGUGACAUAUUCGCCCCGGAUCAACAACUUGCCCCCUGGAUACAGUUCAAGACAACUGAUGCAGCCCCGUGCAACUCAGCUCUUCAGAAAGAGGCGCCACUGGACUCAUACUCUCAUAGCUCCAAGACAUGGGAUUCCCAACACUCCGCCCAAUCCUGGAUACAGCGCUGGUAUCAAGACACUUGUGAAAAUUUGCAACUGAAGCAUGGAUGAGUUGAGUAAUGCACACGCCUGCAUGAUGUGCGACUGUAUAUUUUGUUGAGGAUAGGCAUCCUUGUACAGCAUAGCAGAAGAAUUCAGCAUCCAUCAUACACCGUAGUAAUUUUGACAUGUUACUCAUUUUCUCUUGCAUAGUUUCUUUCUGUAACGGCUCGAUGUAGAUUACAACAAGAAAAUUUGCAAUGGGAUUACUACUAACGCACUCAACAUUUGAUGAAUAUUGUCUAUUAACCUUUUUUGUACUAUGGCAAACUUUGAGCGAUGC